AUGGUAAAGUACUCUGGUGAUCAAGUUCGUGAGAUCAUGGACAAUCAAGAGAACAUUCGAAACAUGUCUGUAAUCGCACACGUCGACCAUGGCAAGACUACUUUAACUGACUCCUUAAUAGCCAAAGCAGGACUUAUAGAUGAAGACAAUGCUGGAGAUGUCAGAUUUUGUGACACUCGUAAAGACGAAGUUGAACGAGGCAUCACUAUAAAAUCCACCAGUGUCUCCUUAUGCUACAACGUAGAAGAGCUCAGCCCUGACCCUUUUCUAAUUAAUUUAAUCGACUCUCCUGGGCAUGUUGAUUUCUCCUCAGAAGUCACUGCAGCUCUCAGAGUUACAGAUGGGGCACUUGUGGUGGUUGACUGUGUUGAAGGAGUCUGUGUACAAACUGAGACUGUAUUAAGACAAGCUUUACAAGAAAAAAUCAAGCCGGUUCUUAUGAUCAAUAAAGUUGACAGACAAUUAUUAGAAUUACAGCUGGACCCUGAAGAAAUGUACCAGAAUUUCUUGAGGACUAUUGAGAAGGUAAAUUCUAUUAUUGCUGUAUAUGACGAUGGGACUAUGGGAGACAUCAUGAUUGACCCAGCCAAAGGAAAUUGUGCCUUUGGGUCUGGACUUAUGGGCUGGGCCUUUACUUUGAGGACUUUUGCAAAAAUAUAUGCAAAUAAGCUGAAUGCAGACCCUUCAAAAAUGAUGAAAAAACUAUGGGGAGACUGGUACUUUGACGCUGAAGGGAAAAAAUGGAAAAAGAGCCCAAUAUCAGACUCAGGAAAAAAGCUAGAAAGAGCCUUCAAUGAGUUAAUAUUAAAGCCUAUACAGCGACUUGCAAAAAAUGCUAUGACUAACAAUGAAGAAGGGAUCAAUAAGAUCCUCAGACAUCUCAAUAUAGAAAUCAAACAAGAAGACAGAGAACUCAGAGAAAAAAAACUUUUAAAGAAAAUCAUGCAAAAAUGGAUCAACGCUGCUGACUGCUUAUUGGAAAUGGUUAUUUUCCACUUGCCAUCUCCUAAAUUUGCUCAACAAUAUAGAGUCAGCUGUCUCUAUGAAGGCCCUCUUGAUGAUGACUGUGCUCAAGCUAUAAGAAACUGCGACCCUAAUGGCCCCCUGAUGUUUUAUGUAUCAAAACUAGUCCCAUCCUCAGACAAAAGCCGAUUUAUUGCUUUUGGAAGAGUUUUUUCAGGGAAAAUUGCGUCAGGACAAAAAGUCAGAAUUAUGGGUCCUAAAUAUGUUUAUGGAGAAAAAGAAGACUUAUAUAUAAAGAAUAUCCAAAGAACAGUAAUCAUGAUGGGAAAAAUUGUGGAGCCAAUCGGCGAUAUCCCUUGUGGCAAUCUUGCAGGGCUUAUUGGUGUAGACCAAUUCCUCGUAAAAACAGGGACCAUUACAGACCAUGAAGAAGCACACUUAUUUAAAUCAAUGAAAUACUCAGUAAGCCCUAUUGUAAGAGUCGCUGUGAAACCUAAAAAUACUGCAGAAAUCGCUAAAUUGGUAGAAGGACUUGUAAGACUUAGUAAGCAAGACUCACUUGUACAAUGCAUAACGGAAGAAACAGGGGAGCAUGUAAUAGUAGGAUGUGGAGAGCUACAUGUAGAAAUCUGCUUAAGGGAUCUGCAAGAGCUUUCAGGGAUCGAAAUUGUGGCUUCAGACCCUAUUGUGACUUAUAAAGAAACUAUUUUGAACAACUCAAGCCAAGUUUGUCUAUCAAAAGCUCCAAAUAAGCUCAAUCGACUUUGGGCUACUGCUGAACCAUUAGCACAAGGACUGUCUGAAGCUAUAGAACUUGGCAAAGUUUCUUCUCUACAAGACCCUAAGCAGCGCUCACAAGCUUUAUUUAACCAAUAUGCCUGGGACUUAAACGACUCUAAGCGUAUAUGAUGCUUCGGACCUGAGACCACAGGUCCCAACAUCCUUGUAGACCAAACCAAAGGCUUACAGUAUUUGAUGGAAGUCAGAGACCAUAUAGAAUCUGGCUUCCAAUGGGCAACUAAAGAAGGAGUCUUAUGUGGCGAGCAGAUGAGAGGGAUCAGAGUCAAUAUUGUAGACGCCAUGCUGCAUAGCGACCCUGUACAUAGAGGAUCUAGACAAAUCAUGCCGACUGCCAGAAAUGUAUGUAUUGCGUCUAUACUGACAGCAUCUCCUACAUUACAAGAACCUAUUUAUAUGGUAGAAAUACAGUGCCCUUAUGAAGUGAUAGGAAACGUUUAUCAGUGUUUGACAGCAAGGAGAGGCAUUGUGCAGGCAGAAGAGCCAGUUUCUGGGACAAGCAUGACUGUGGUGAAAGCUUAUUUGCCAGUGGCAGAAAGCUUUGGGUUUUCAGGACAUUUGAGAUCGAUGACGUCAGGACAAGCUUUUCCACAGUGUGUGUUUGACCAUUGGGAUGUAGUUAGUGGAGAUCCAUAUGAUGUAAAUUCAACGUUGGGAGGACUGAUAAGGAACGUAAGGCAAAGGAAAGGACUAAAUGAAGGAAUACCUCCUCUGGAGAACUUCUUGGAUCGACUAUAA